GUAAACCUUGGAAACCUGUUGUGUAAAGACAACCUUUAACACAGGACGCCGGCCGUAACAAGCUGUCGGGAACAUUGAAAUCUCUCCAUUGAUUGUCAAUUAUCUUAGUAACAAAACUCAAAAGCUUCAACUUGGAAGGUUCUAACCACCUGUAACUAGACGAGAAACAGUUAGUUGGUACUAGGUACUAGGCAAUUGUGGCUCAUCGGAGGUGUUUAAUAAUUUUCCAACUGGUGGUUCGGUCUUUCCCUUCCCAAAUAAUGCUUAGCUAAAAUCCCUGGACCGAGGAUUUGUUCAAGUCCAACCCAGUCAACCAGUCCAAUCCAGUCCAAUCCAAUCCAAUCUCAAUCCCAAAUCAUCCACAGACCACCAAAAGUGAAGACUUCAUAGAUCCACUCAACGCAUGCAAGCCUCCUAAAGGUCCUCCUUUUUUGUGUGUGUUUCAUGUUGUAUCUGGUUACCGCAUUACCGCAUACCGCAUAAUUCUUUCCUCCUCUUUUCUUUCUCUUCUACCAACUGGCAUUUGCUUAGUUAGGCCAUGUCUCCUUCAGGAGCUUCAUCGUCACAUCUAAGCUAUCCGGAGCAGAUAAUAUCGCUCCUCAGCACCGUGGCCGCUUACAUGCGUUUGCCAGCUUUGGCUUCCACGGGUGUUGCCGCCGUCCUAACCACCCUAUUGUACUUCAAGCAAAAAGCGCUGAUCUACCCAUCUCACAUGCCCCCGAAUGCUCGGACUAACGUUCCUCGACCUUCGCAAUUUGGCAUCAAAGACUUUGAAGAGCUGGUUAUACCUACCAAUGAUGGCGAGAAGCUGUCAGCAUUCUACAUUCGUGGUCCCAGGGACGGCCGGAACUCGAACUGUACUAUUUUGAUGUUCCAUGGAAACGCCGGCAAUAUUGGUCAUCGACUACCAAUAGCUCGCAUGCUUAUCAACUAUAUCGGCUGUAACGUCUUCAUGCUCGAGUAUCGGGGCUACGGCUUAUCGACUGGAGAACCAGACGAGAAAGGUCUGAUGCGCGAUGCCCAGACCGCCCUCGAAUACCUACGAAAUCGAGCGGAGACGAGUAACCAUAAGCUUGUAGUCUACGGACAGAGUCUAGGAGGGGCCGUCAGUAUCAAGCUAGUAUCUAAGAAUCAGCAUAAGGGAGAUAUCGUUGGCUUGGUCCUCGAAAACACAUUUCUCUCUAUGCGAUCUCUAAUUCCGUCGGUCAUUCCACCGGCCAAGUACUUGACUAUGCUGUGUCACCAAGUUUGGCCAAGCGAGUCUAUAUUACCAUCCAUCACCGAAGUUCCGAUAUUAUUCCUCAGUGGUCUCCAAGAUGAGAUUGUCCCACCCGCUCACAUGAGAAGACUAUACGAAGUCGCUACUACACCAACCAAAAUAUGGAAGCCCCUACCGGGUGGUGAUCACAACUCAAGCGUAUUGGAAGAGGGAUAUUUUGAGGCGAUAUCCGACUUUGUUUCUAACAUUGCCGGAGAUGAGAAGUCAUGACCCUCCUAGCGACGAUAGACACGUCCAUAAUAUGGCGACGGCUAAGAAUGAGCGCCGCGCCUAUUAGGUUUUGCACCCUUUUACCUGAGAUACCCCCUACCCUCGCGUCAGAUUACGCGAUAGGUCUUACCUAUGAAAUAUAGUAUAUUGAUAUUUGUAGUACACUUACUAUAUAAGUGAUUGGCGUUCCUCUAAUAUCAAUAUUAAA